AGGGAGAUCACUGAUCGCUCACUUUUGUGGUCUUAUCCUGCUAUUCCUUUCUUUCUGUUACACUCACCUUUUUAUUAACUAUAAAUGUAAUCACUCAAGGUCAGGGAGGACAGUGUAUACGGAGGGAGAUCACUUGCGAGAGUUGAAGGAAAACACAAAUGAAAAAUGGAAGCUUAUAAUAUUAAGGGAGGGAUUAUUAUAUAUUAUCCUCUGGCAUUGUUUGCGAUACUGAUUCUGAACGCAUAUUGUUGUUGUGGUUCUCCUGUCAUUGUUGAGAGCAACACCACUAAUUUCCUGGGCAAUGACGUCCUUGGUGAAUUCCUGACUGACGACGACUCGGAGUUCCCGGUGCAUUCCUACAUAAGUCGGAUGCUUGCUGGCUCUCCCAAUGCUCCACUGAAUCCCAGAAAACCAGCACCUCCUUGUGGGCAAUAUAACGACGGUCGUUAUUGCGUCGAUUCUUCCCGUAAAAUACCGAGAAGUGUGUACGAUCGCUCAAAGGGUCGUUGAAACUUGGCAAUGUGUUUACUUUCAGCUGUGCACUUGUUCUUCUCUUUAUAACCCAUUCUUCUUGGUUUUUAUUACUAUUUAUAUAUAUAUAUAUAUAUAUAUACUGUAUUUUAGAUCCAAUAAGGAUGGUGAAUCCGUGUAUAUGCGCGUUAGUGAAUGUAUCGUUUGUCGGAAACAAUUCCUGACUAGCAUAAUGAUGAUUAAGGUAGAUUGAAGUAAUAGUAGUUUAAUGAAAAAAUGGUUGCGGAGGA